GUAAUGGCAAGCAGCUGGCUUUUGGCGUAUAAAGCCACUGCCUCUUCAUCCCAUCCCCUUUUUUCUGCACCUUCUGUCGAGAUCUUAGAAUUUGAAUCCUCAGCCUAAUGAACGCCGAAACAUAUCCGAAGACCAGCAAGUACCACAAAGAACAGAGAUUCAACUGUGGAGUCUUGCUGCCGAGACAUAUGUUCGGUACAAAGCCCUUCUGACGCCGCAACUUCUCCUAUUCCAUCCACCCCAAAAACCCUAUCCUGAGCUUCUCUAUCCUCUCAUCUAACGUCGAAAUUUCCUCCAGAUUCCCUGGCUGCAAGUAUGGAGCAUGGUCUCAGACCUACACCGAUGGCGAACUGCAUCUCCAGAGCGUCUGCACUUGUCGUUGAUGUUGGCCCCACGGUCCAGCCGUGGGGCACUCAGACACUUCGGGGCUUCCGCGAACAAACGGAACCGCUCGACAGCGUCCUCCAUCACCAAAUAUGUCUGAUCAAAACGCUCUCGACUCCGCAGAGCAUUUGGUAUCUUGCAUGCAUCAUGGUGCCCAAGCCUUCAGAGACAGAGCUGCACCAAAGCGCCAACCAAAUAUCCGACUUCCAACUUAUCCACAUCAAGGCAUCCGUCAUUCGCGUCGACAUGAGGGAGCAAAACGAGGUGGUCUUCAAGCUAACCGGCGAGUCGAUCAACUCCCUGAUUAAGUACCACGAAAGUUCCAACUGCGUUGGGAUCGUGGCUAAGAUGCAACAGCAGGCUAGAAAUGAUCGAAUGCGAAAGAAGGUGCGCGAGGACUUCCUACAAGCUAUCAAAGAGUUCGUGUAUCGUACCAACGUCUCCGCUCUGAAAGGUCUUGAAGAGGAUGGAGCCGGCGAGUUGCUUGGCGAUGAUAGUGAAAAGGUAAAGAGAAUCAUUUUGGGCAUGAUGGAAUCACCUGAUGGCACCUCCGGUAUCUCUCAAUUAUCUUGAACAGGAUACUGUGAAAACUAUUGUUUCUCUGUUGAUCCAAUCAACACUGGAUAGGUUGAGUUGUCCUUCCAACGAAGUACCUAGCUAGACUUUCAUGUGACUAUAAUUUAACUUGGAAUUUCUGAAC